CUCGACGACCUCCCGUACACCCGGUCACCCACGGAGCGCUUCUUCUCGGCGGGUGGGGUUGUUUUUACUCCCUAAAAGCCGCAUGUCCGCCUAGUGUCGCGUAUACGCACUUUUCAUGUGCGUGAAGCAGCAAAAAAGUGACUAAAUACUAGGGCCCAUGUUUUCGUGGUGGAGUGGCAAAUGGAAGGGAACUGAGUGUGGGAACGAUUCUCUCAUGCUCCACGGGGAUGUUUUAACCUCUCACUGAGACUUCAUCAGGAUUUCCACUUGCGCCGAAAAACUUCGCAAGAAGUUCGAGUUAAAAUUCAAGUUCCGAUGAGGAUUUUUGAGUGAAUGACUUUCAAAAAUUUACGCUGGAGAAAUGUGAACCAGAUGAGCGAGUUCGGGGCCCUGGAUUGGAGCGUUAUACAAAGGGAUUAUUGUCAUUACAAAAAAUAAAUCUCCUCCCCUCAUCGAAUUGGUCGACUACUCUCACAAUUUGAAACAGCCCGCCUGUCCCAGCCAAUCGCCAUCGUUCUGCGGCGUACCGUGAGAAUUACCCCCCCACACAUGAACAACACAAGCUCUAACCUCUAACACCAGUGCAUGGAAGGACUCAUCAGUACUCAGUAUUUUUUUCCAACCCCCAACAAGUGCCCAACCGUAUCAAAUGUGUAUAAUCCCCAAUGGUGCAUGCAACUGUUGGAUGGAAUUACCGGUAGAAUUAACAGUUUGAUUGACUAAUUAAGGAUGGUGCAGCGACCGGUGGUGCCUCGACGUAACGUCAGGAUCCUCCUGAUCGGUGAUCAGGGUGUGGGCAAGACGUCCUUGAUUCUGUCUUUGGUGAGUGAAGAGUACGCUGAGGAGGUGCCUCCCAAGGCCGAGGAGAUAACGAUACCAGCGGACGUUACUCCUGAGCAAGUGCCCACACACAUUGUCGAUUAUUCGUCGAUUGAGCAGACCGAUGAUCAACUCGUAGAUGAAAUCCAAAAGGCCCACGUUAUCUGCGUUGUGUACUCUGUAGACGAUGAGGACACAUUGGACCGGGCUGCCAGCUACUGGUUGCCCCUGGUGAGAAAGUGCUCGAGCAGUAACAGAUGUCCAGUGGUGCUCGUUGGAAAUAAAAUCGAUCUUGUCGAUUAUUCCACGAUCGAGGCAGUCUAUCCCAUCAUGAAGGAGUACUCGGAGAUCGAGAGCUGCAUCGAGUGCUCGGCGAAGACACUCCAGAAUAUCUCGGAGAUGUUUUAUUACGCCCAAAAAGCAGUUCUCCAUCCCACAACUCCCCUGUACAAUUACGACACUCAGGAACUCACGGAGGAGUGCAAGACGGCUUUGCAGAGAAUAUUCAAGAUUUGUGAUCUCGAUAAUGAUGGCCUGCUUAAUGAUAUGGAGCUCAAUAAUUUUCAACAGUCGUGCUUCAAUACUCCUCUGCAGCCCCAAGUCCUCGAGGAUGUCAAGGCUGUACUCUCGAAGAAUAUUCAUGAUGGGACUUGCAACGGAUGUGUUACCAUGAAAGGCUUCAUGUAUCUCCAAUGUUUAUUUAUUCAACGAGGGAGGAAUGAAACUACGUGGGCAGUUCUCCGAAAAUUUGGCUACGACAACGAGCUCCAGAUGUCGAAAGAUUACAUCCACCCACCAUUGAAAGUACCACCUGGUUGCACAACAGAGUUAUCCCACAAAGGGCAAGAAUUCCUGACAAUACUGUUCAUGCUGCACGAUAGAGAUCGCGAUGGUGCUUUAUCACCACCUGAAAUGGAAUCGUUGUUUUCGCGUUGCGUGACACCACCAUGGGGUGACGAGUACAAAUACACCGUACCUACUAAUGAAAAGGGUUGGAUUACAUAUCAAGGAUAUAUGUGUCAGUGGGCCCUAAUAGCUCUAACCAACGUACGGAAAACCCUCGAGUACAUGGCAUACCUCGGGUACAAUAUGUUUAACAACGAGUGUCAAACGACUGCUAUACAUGUCACAAGAGAAAAGAAACUGGAUCUCGCAAAAAAACAGUCCAGUCGAAAUGUCUACACUUGUCACGUAAUUGGUCGAAAGAGCAGUGGAAAAACUACUCUAUGUAGGACAUUUAUCGAUCCCAAAUUGGAGAAAUUGGCGGAUAAUAAUGUACCAACCAGCGCUCAGAUUGCAGCGAAUACAGUGCACGUGUAUGGACAGGAGAAGACUAUUAUAUUGAGAGAUAUUAAUAUUUUGAAUGUUCAAGAUGCCUUAACUCCUGCCCAAAUACAGUGCGAUGCUGCAGCUCUUGUUUACGAUACUAGCGAUCCAAAGUCAUUCGAGUAUAUCGCUCGUAUUUAUAUUAAAUAUUUUGCCGACAGCAAGAUACCGGUACUAAUAGUAGCAAACAAGAGUGAUCUCGCUGAAGUUAAACAAGAGUAUCUACUCCAGCCACCGAGCUUCUGCAACAAAUACAAACUCAUGCCCCCGCAACCAUACAGCAUCACUCGUACUGUACGACCAGAGAUAUUCGUCAAACUAGCAACAAUGGCUGCCUUUCCCCGCUUUCAAGCAGCGUGGGUAUUAUUUUACAAACACAGCCCUUUGAGGCGUAUGGUCCACAUGUUGCUUGUCAAUCCUUCACCAAGUCAAUGGUGGAGUUGUUUCACAAGACACAUGAAGCAGUUUGGCCUGGUCCAGGGGGAUUCGGUUGUUUGGUGGAAAGCCGGCCUUGGAAUAGCAGCAGCCACUGUAGCUGGUUUUAUGAUGAUGCGUGUACUCAAUACGAACAAAAGAUAGUCUUACCAUAUUAUAUAUAUUUUUUUCCUCCUAUUCCCCUCCCUCGUAUUAUACCACUUGUUUAAGAAAACAAUAUCCUUACCGUAAAGCACGCGUUAAGUUAAUAAACACUGUUCCCAAAUUUAA